GCAGCUGGAGGAGCUCGACGCCACCACGAAGAUCCCCUUCGUGAUGAUCGAGCUGACCGGCGAGGCGGAUGGCGAGGGGUGGGUCGAGAUCACCGGCAAGGACGAGUACCACGUCUACGCGCAGAUCCACGAGUGGUUGGAGAACAACUGGGACUGCGAGAAGAUGGAUCCAGGUGAUCUUUCUGACGAGACCAAGAUCCCUUUUUGCAAGGCGCAGUACAGAUGGAACGGCUCGCCUCCCAUGCUUGCGGGGAAGGCCUCAGCAACAUGGGCAAGGCCACCAUGCAGAUCAUCGAUCUGA